AAAUCAAAACAACCACAGCACCUACUGUACACCAACUUGUUACAGUACAGAGACCAUCACGACUCCUUGCUGGACAAAAAAUAAGACGAUUCCUGCAAGCAAACUCCCGGUGUAUAGCCAAGGACAUAGAGAUUACAUAUUCAUAAUCCUCUAUUAGCCUCUGAAAUUGAGUGAACUUGAACGAUAUGACCUCAAAUGAAGAGGAUAAGGAUCCUGAUAUUGAGCUUUUUGUCAAGGCAGGCAGUGAUGGAGAGAGUAUUGGAAACUGUCCUUUCUCUCAAAGGCUGUUUAUGAUCCUGUGGCUGAAGGGAGUCGUUUUCAACGUCACCACUGUUGAUCUGAAAAGAAAACCAGCUGAUCUUCAUAAUCUUGCCCCAGGAACACCCCCACCUUUCCUAACCUUCAAUGGAGAAGUGCGGACAGAUGUCAACAAAAUCGAAGAAUUCUUGGAAGAGAUGCUAGCACCUAUAAAGUAUCCAAAAUUGGCAGCAAAGAACAAGGAGUCGAAUACUGCAGGAAAUGACAUCUUUGCAAAGUUCUCAGCCUAUGUCAAAAACACAAAGCCAGAAGCCAAUGCAAGUCUGGAGACGGGGCUACUGAAGGCUCUGAAGAAACUAGACAACUUCCUGAACUCCCCUCUGCCGGACGAGAUUGAUGAAGAUAGUACGGGGGAGGAGACGUGCUCCAACCGCAAGUACUUGGAUGGCAAUGAAUUAACGCUUGCAGACUGCAACCUACUCCCUAAACUACAUGUAGUGAAGGUGACGUGGGUAGUUUCAAAGAAAUACCGUAACUUUGAAAUACCAUCAGACUUGAGUGGAGUUUGGAGAUACCUGCAGAACGCGUACGCCCGUGAUGAAUUCACCAACACCUGUGCGGCAGACAGAGAGGUUGAACUGGCCUAUCAGGACGUGGCCAAGCGACUUGGGAAAUGAAACGUGGAAAUAUUUUACAGUGACUCUAAUACUCUAAUGCAAAACUGCCGAAAAGGAUGACCUUUCUCUUUGUAAAAGAUUGUCUUGGUAAGGGAAAUUUCUUCAGAUGGAAUUUCCAAAUAUUAACUCUAUUAACAAAAUUUGCCUCCAGGACUCUAUAUUGGAUUAGUCAUUUAACGCUCGUGUUGAACUGUUGCCUGCUCCCAUGAUGCUUGUGUGUUCUUACAUACUAUCGUAAACUGUCCUUGAAUUACAACAUUGAUGAAAUACAUUUUCUGGAUAUAAAUGUUAAAAGAAAGAAUUUAGGACUAACCUCUUCAUUAUAUACGAAACCUACAGAUAGGAAUACACUUGCAGAUAGUUUUCAUCCCAUCUUCAAUUAACUAGACUGAAGAGAAUCUGUGAGGACAAUAAUGACUUUGAGAAAGAAAAAAUGAACAUGUUAUCUAAAUGUAAUGGAUGAAAUUAUAGGGAAGAUUGGAUAAAUAAUGCAUUUACAAAAAACAGAAUCAAAAAGUCGGGACGUAUUUGGCCCCUAAAAAACAUCUAGACAUGAUUUUUUUGUGCUACUGUACUUAUACUCCAAAAACUAUUCAUAUUAGAAAUGUGAUACAAAAACACUGGUAUGUCCUUCAAAGUGAUUUGACUUGAUUUUCCACUGGUUACCUACAAAAGGGCCAAAAACCUCUACAAAUAGAGUUGCAAAAGCCUGUCCAUCAAAAGAAACUUCGUUUUAUACUCUUACAGGUCAAGUUCAACAGGUCACUUUAAAUCAUACCUGUCAACACUCCCGUUUUUCCCAGGAGUCUCCUGUAUUUCACACCCAUCUCCCCUCCCAUUUUGUUAUUUCUCCCGGGAAACUCCCAUAAUUUGUAUGGCCCAAACCUCGUUA